UCACUUCAACUGUUACAGCUGCUGCUACUGCAUUUUCAUCCCCCCAAUUUUCAUAACAAGAUCGGAACUUUCUUGAAAUUCAAGCAGUUUCAGCACAAGGGUCAUCAAGAACAUCUCAGGGGCAUGUUUGGAUUGAAAGAUUGUUAGCUAGAAUGCCAGUGUCCACAAGGUCUAAGGCUGUAUUCAAUCAAGUGCAGGAUGACCCAAAUCAAGGCCAAACAACCAGGGCAAGAAAUGAUCAAGAAGAAUCCCAGAUGGCUAAUCAGAUGAGGAAUCCACAUCAUGGUCUAAAGGAGAAGAUGAAAGCAUUGACCCUCUUGUACGAACAGCAAAAACAAGCUUCAAAUGCUCUCAAGAACCCUGCUUUAAAGCAUGAGGAGCCAAGAUUUUCAACUCACCCCAGCAUAGACCUCCUCAGUUCUGGCAAAAGAGAUGAUAAUGAACCGAAGGAAUCCAAAGAAUCAAGGCCCAUAAGUCAUGUGAUGAGGGAGAACGUAAUGCCUAGUUCAACCGUGACUAGGAAUUUUGUGAUGCCACAGCCUUUAGGGGCGGAGGAGGCAAAGGAGAAUGUUGCGGUGGGACAUGGCGGUGAUCAGAUUGUGGGGCUUUCAUGUCCCAGAAAGACAAAUGUAUCGAGUACCGUGGCCAGAAAGUUGUCAAUGGGCAGCUCUGUGAUGCCAUUUUCAGAGCCGCCUAGAGGGAACCAAAAGGCGAAUGAACAAGAAGUAGAGACGAUUACCGAGAGACAAGGGAGUGUUGGUGGUGGGAAUGGGAGCAGAAUUCUUGUUUUUGUGAGGUUAAGGCCAAUGGGGAAAAGGGAAAGAGAAGCUGGAUCAAGAUGUUGUGUGAGGAUUGUGAAUAAGAGGGAUGUUUAUCUGACUGAAUUCGCCACUGAGAACGAUUAUCUCAGGCUAAAGAGGCUUAGGGGUCGUCAUUUCACUUUUGAUGCCUCAUUUCCUGAUUCCACUACUCAACAAGAAGUUUAUUUUACGACAACAGCAGAGCUAGUGGAAGCAGUUUUGCAGGGUAAAAAUGGAUCUGUCUUCUGCUAUGGUGCCACAGGAGCUGGAAAGACAUACACGAUGCUAGGUACAGUAGAGAAUCCAGGUGUAAUGGUCUUGGCAAUUAAGGAUCUCUUCAACAAGAUAAGGCAAAGAAGCUUUGAUGGAAACCACCUUGUUCACCUGUCUUAUCUUGAGGUAUACAAUGAAACCGUGAGAGAUUUGCUUUCUCCUGGAAGGCCUUUGGUCCUUCGAGAAGAUAAAAAUGGGAUCGUGGCUGCUGGGCUAACUCAAUAUAGAGCAUACUCCACAGAUGAAGUAAUGGCUUUACUCCAACAAGGGAACCAAAAUCGAACAACUGAACCUACCCGUGCGAAUGAAACUUCAUCAAGGUCUCAUGCUAUUCUUCAGGUUAUGAUUGAAUACAAAGUCAAAGAUGCUGCCAAUAAUAUUGUCAGUAGAGUUGGUAAACUUUCGCUUAUUGAUCUUGCCGGUUCAGAAAGAGCUCUUGCAACAGAUCAGAGAACACUCAGAUCACUUGAGGGUGCUAACAUUAAUAGAUCACUUCUUGCACUAAGUAGCUGCAUAAAUGCCCUGGUUGAGGGAAAGAAGCAUAUCCCAUAUCGGAAUUCCAAGCUCACCCAACUGCUCAAGGAUUCUCUAGGUGGAGCUUGUAAUACUGUGAUGAUUGCAAAUAUCAGCCCAAGUAAUCUCUCAUUUGGUGAGACACAAAACACCCUUCACUGGGCUGAUCGGGCUAAAGAAAUUCGGACAAAGGCUUGUGAUGCCAAUGAAGAAAUUCAAGUACCUGAUUCAGAAACAGAUCAGGCCAAAUUAUUGCUGGAGUUGCAGAGAGAGAAUAGAGAUUUGCGAAUGCAACUGGCUCGCCAACAACAAAAGCUACUAGCAGUCCAGGCACAGACACUGGCAGCAAGCUCUUCUCCUACACUUUCUACUGCUUCAUCUCUCUUAUCUCCAGCACCAUCUUCUGCCCUACCACAUGAGAAACGUAAACCGAGACCCUCUUUCUUGGCGGGGACUUGUUUCACUCCAGAAUCUAAGAAAAAAGGAGCUGAUGAAACAGUGAGAUGCCUAAGGAAGACUGUCAAAGAAUUGGAGGCAGAAAUAGGGAGGAUGAAGAAAGAUCAUGCUCUGGAGAUAAAACAGAAGGAUGAUUUUAUCCUGGAGCUUUCACGGAAGGGUGCAAAAUUAGCAGGAGCAGGUGGGGAAGGAGUAAGAAGGAUUGUCACUAGAGCAAGUCUGCGGCCAAAGAAAGCACCCGAGGGAGAGUUGAAGAGCCCAAGUCAUCGUUUUACGUCUCCACAGCCUACAGCCAAAAAACGGAGUUUUUGGGACAUAACAACAGCUAACAGCCCAUCAGUUGCUACGUUAAAUGGAAGAAAGACAAGAAGCUAUAUUAGUUCAGAGUGUGCAGCAGCCCCAUCCAUGCUUCUCCAGCUUGCAUAUCCAUGUUUCUGGUCUAUGUUCCUGCUUGGACCACAUCUCAUCAAUUAUAUCAUUCAGCCUGGUUUUGCCCGCCAAAGACCUGCAACUGUGAAGCGGUAGAAGAUAAAAAAUGAGAGCUUUGUGGCAGAACAAGUUACAGUGAGAGGCGAAAAGUGAAGAUGAAGCAGUUGACGAUAAAGAUAGAAAGCUCUGCCCGCCUUCCUUGCUAGAAUUAUCUGCUCAAUCCGAUGGUCUGACAAGGAAGCUGGAAAUGCAUACUGUUUUAAGUACACGUGUGAUUAUGAUUUUUCAUCCGCUAUCUCCUAAGAAUAGAUGAUUCAUGUAGAUUCUUGCUUUUCUGUUGAUCUUGACAUGAUUUCUUCAAUCUAUUUCACCAACAUUUAUUCCUUGGGCUGAUUUCUAACAGUUUGUCCUCCCCUGUUGUUUGAAUUCUAUUGAUUCACUAUUGUAGGACAGCCAUUUACAAUAAUUUAUUGGUUAUGUUUCUACUUUGCUUUUUA